AGCCAUCCAAAUCCAGGAAUUGUCUCGUGUUUGUACAGUGCCCUUAGAGCAAACAAGGAUCUUAGCAGAUAACCAAAGCACUCCACCCGUGAACACGUUGAACCACUCGCUGCUCUCGGUGACCUGGUCUUGUUGAGUGAACAGAAUGGGAGGCAGGGUCAAGAGAGAGAUCGCCAACUUCUUCUGUGAAUAUGACACCCCCAGGAUGGUCCUGGUCCGGGAUAAGAAAGUUGGGGUGACAUUUAGGCUCAUCCAGUUUGGAGUCCUGUGCUACAUUGUGGGCUGGGUGUUUCUUUAUGAAAAGGGAUACCAAAACGUGGAUGGCAUUAUCAGCUCUGUUUCCGUAAAAAUGAAGGGCAUAACGAUCACCAGACUCCCUAAUGUUACAGAGAUCUGGGAUGCUCCUGAUUAUGUAUUUCCACCACAGGGGGACAGCUCGUUUGUGGUAAUGACUAACUUCAUUGUUACUCGAGAUCAACAAAUGGGAUACUGUAAUGAGCUUCCAGAAGUAGCAAAAUGUACAACAAAUGAUGACUGUAGAGACCAAGCAUUUCGUCAAAGUCAAGAUGAAUACAAUGAUCCUCCAUUGAGUCAUUCAGGUGCCUUGACAGGAAACUGCACAGCUUAUGAUGGAACAAACAAAACAUGUGAGAUAUAUGCUUGGUGCCCUGUGGAGAACGAUCACCAUGUCCCCAACCCCCCCUUACUUUUAGAAGCUGAAAACUUCACACUGUUCAUUAAAAACAGCAUCAGUUUCCCUCACCACAGGGUUAAUAGACAGAAUUUAGUGGAGCAAGUAACCAGUAAGUACCUAAAAACAUGUCUCUAUGACAAACAAAAGGACCCAUUGUGCCCUGUGUUUCGUUUGGGAUAUAUUGUGGAGCAAACAGGACAGACGUUUAGUGAACUAGCAUACAAGGGUGGGACAAUUAACAUUGUCAUAGACUGGACAUGUGAUUUGGACUGGCCUGUGAGGUUCUGCAAGCCUACAUACCAUUUUCAUGCACUUCAUGAUCAAAACCCUGUUUCAAAAGGCUUUAAUUUCAGAUAUGCAAGACACUACAAAGAAAAUGGAACAAACAAGCGAACAUUAUUUAAAGUAUUUGGCAUUCGAUUUGAUGUUCUAGUAACAGGAGAGGGAGGAAAAUUCGAUAUUAUUCCAACUAUGACAACAAUUGGCUCAGGCGUUGGAAUUUUUGGUGUGGCUACAGUUGUAUGUGACUUGAUGCUGUUACAUAUUCUUCCAAAAAGGAACCACUAUAAAGAGAAAAAGUUCAAAUUUGCAAACAAUGAUGAAAAGAAGUCACUAGCGAAAGAUGAACCAUUUUCAAACAUCAGUGCACAGGAUAACUCUCAGGACUUAAAAUCAGACAUCAGCUUUUCACAGAGUAUACAUAACACGCACUGAUCAAUAG